CAAAUCGCGGGGCAUUGUGGGGCGGAGGCGGCCUUUCUCUGGUACAGGCGGACGGGAAAUCUUCAAGUAAAUAACUGGGGGAGGAACAGCCUGAACGUAGUCUGCAAAAAGGAAAAAGAAAAACCCAACACACCAAAACUGUGUUGUGCUGAGCAUUUAUAUUACAAACUGAAAUAGUAAACGAAUAUGGGGCAGGAGGAUCUUAUGAACAAAGCCGAAGACGUGGCAGACCAGUUCCUGCGGGUGACCAAACAAUACCUGCCCCACUUGGCACGUCUGUGUCUCAUAAGUACUUUCCUUGAAGACGGGAUCCGCAUGUGGUUCCAGUGGAACGAGCAGAGAGACUACAUAGAGGCUACCUGGAACUGUGGCUACUUCCUGGCUACUUGCUUUGUGCUGCUUAACCUCAUUGGACAGCUGGGUGGUUGCGUCCUCAUCCUCAGUAGAAAUUUUGUACAGUAUGCCUGCUUUGGAUUAUUUGGCAUCAUUGCGCUACAGACUGUUGCAUACAGCAUUUUAUGGGACCUUAAGUUUUUGAUGAGAAACAUGGCACUUGGAGGUGGUCUGCUGUUGCUACUAGCUGAGUCUCGUUCGGAAGGAAAGAGCAUGUUUGCUGGCGUCCCCUCCAUGGGAGAGAGUUCACCAAAACAGUACAUGCAGCUGGGUGGCCGAGUACUCCUCGUGCUGAUGUUCAUGACCCUGUUACACUUCGACUCCAACUUCUUCUCUAUCCUGCAGAACAUGGUGGGAACUGCUCUCAUCAUUCUGGUGGCCAUCGGCUUCAAAACCAAGCUAGCAGCACUGACCCUCGUCGUGUGGCUUCUGGCCAUUAACGUCUACUUCAACGCUUUCUGGACCAUUCCUGCCUACAAGCCGAUGCACGACUUCCUCAAGUACGACUUCUUCCAGACCACUUCGGUCAUUGGUGGCCUCCUGUUGGUAGUGGCACUUGGGCCUGGCGGAGUGUCCAUGGAUGAGAAGAAGAAAGAGUGGUAGGCAAAUGCGAGAGAAUCGCUCAGCAUUGCUAACUUUCACUACCAACUGGGACACAAGGACCUUCCUUCUCUUCUGUUUUGCCCACCAGGGUACACAGUUAUUGUUUUGUUUAUUUUUAAUUUGGCCAAAUCCAGAGAAAACAUCUCAGCCAUCAAUGGACUUUUUUUUCCACCCCAACAGCUAAUAUUUUUUGUUGAAUAUGCCAGUUUUCUCAAACUCUUUCUUCUCUCUUGUACGUCACUUUUUUUCCCCCUGACAAAAAAAAAAUAAAAAUGCCUGUUUUAUUUUAAAGUUAAAAAAGAGAGAAAAAAUUGGGAGUGCUGAAGAUUGAAAAGUCAUUGUGUUUUACAGGUGUCUUGCCAUCAGUUAUAGAUAAUCCUUCAUAUUUU